AUGUCGACCAUCACCGGGCCCGCUAACGACGCUGACACGCAGAGCGUCACAUACUCUUUGUUUCAUGGGCCGAAUGACACUCCCUUGAUUGACCAGAACCUUGCGACAUUCCUAGACACUCAAUGCCUCGAAUUCGGCAAUCGUGAAGCCAUCGUUACGCCCUGGAAUCAAACAAGAUGGACAUACAAUGAUCUCCGCGAACACAGCGUCUACCUCGCGCGUUAUAUCUUGUCCGAAGAUAUCAAGCCUGGCGACAGAGUUGGAAUCCUUGCCGGAAAUCGUGUCGAAUAUGCAUCGGUGUUUUUUGCAUGUAUGAGAAUUGGCGCCAUUCUGGUGAUUUUGAACAACACGUACACGAAACAAGAAGUCGAAUAUGCCCUCUCAUAUACUGGUGAGUGUAGUCUGUUUAGAAUGAUCGAUUGUUUGGUGAAGCUCACAUUUGCAGAAUGCAAAAUUCUCUUCACAACUCCGCGAAUAGGGCGAACGGACAACACGGCUAUGGUACAAACCUUCGCACGUGGAUCCAAAAGUCUCCCAUCUCUGCAGCGCAUCAUUCUGCUUUCCGGAAGACUUGAUGGUCUGGGAGACUAUCAGACAGCAGUUCGCAUCGGAAAAGGACUCCCGAGUCACGGCGUAGAAAACAUUCAAGCGUCAAUCAGUCCUUUCGACCCCUGUAAUCUGCAAUUGACCAGCGGGUCCACCGGACAUCCAAAAGUCUCUACCCUUCAUCAUUAUGGCCUGUUGAAUAACGCUCGAUUCAUCGGAGACCGCAUGGCUCUCACGCCGAUCGAUGUACUUUGCUGUCCCCCGCCUCUGUUCCAUUGCUUCGGACUCGUCCUUGGCCUUCUCGCAACCAUUACGCACGGAUCCAAGAUUGUCUAUCCUGCCGAGAUCUUCGAUGGACCCGCAACGCUUCGCGCAAUCACAGAGGAGAGAUGUACAGCUGUCCACGGCGUCCCGGCCAUGUUCGACACUUUGUUCAGCCUGCCACGUCCUCGGAAUUUCGACUGCAGCGCUCUUCGCACCGGCAUAAUUGCAGGUGCGCCUGUACCUCGCCAUCUCAUGGAACUACUUGUCAACGACUUUGGCAUGGAUGAGUUCACCAGCAGCUACGGUCUCACUGAGGCGUCACCAACGUGCUUCAAUGCUUUCGUCACCGACUCGAUCGCCCGCCGUCUGACAACGGUUGGCAUGCUCAUGCCGCACGCUUCUGCGAAAGUCAUUGAUCGUCAUGGUCGGAUUGUACCCGUCGGAGUUCGUGGCGAGCUUUGCAUUGCCGGAUAUCAAUUGCAGCAUGGCUAUUGGGAUAAUCCCGAGAAGACUGUGGAAUGCAUGAUUGCGGAUGAUGAUGGGACACUGUGGCUACACACCGGAGAUGAAGCCGUCAUGGAUGCUCAGGGUUACUGCACCAUCACUGGACGCUUCAAGGAUAUCAUCAUUCGAGGUGGUGAGAAUAUAUACCCGCUCGAAAUUGAGGAACGCUUGGUCGCCCAUGAUGCUGUCGAUCGCGCGGUUGUAGUCGGCGUGCCUGACAGCCGGUACGGAGAACAAGUCGCAGCAUUUAUGAUGCGUCGACAUGGUGCUGAACGGCCUAAUCUACAUGCACUCCAGAGCUGGAUCAGACAGACUCUCGGCCGACACAAGGUUCCUGUCUUCAUCUUCUGGCUGGGUGAGGAUGGUGUGCCGGAGGAGGUCCCGAUCACGGGCAGUGGCAAAGUGAAGAAAUUUGCGCUGCGCGAUCUUGCUUCUAAGAUUAUUGAACAGCGCUCAGCCAAGUUGUAG